CAUUUGGUUAACCAUUCCCUAUACUCUAUAGGGAUUAUUUUUACAUAUAAAACAAGGUUAAUUUUCAAUGGACCCUACAUAGCUCAACGUGGUCGAUGGGAUUUGUCUGCUACCAGCAUUUUGUUCGAUUAAGAGAAGGAUUUUCCUUGUACUAUUCUUAGAAAUCAAGUUGGUGCUAGCAAACGUCAUGAUUUGACAGUAAUGGCAUGAGAAAUUGACCUGAACGUGUACCUUCUUUUCGAAUAAUAGAGCCUAUUUUCAGCUGACUGCAUCUAUACAAAGGAACUGCGGAUUGUUUUCAACCGGAAGAAGACCGGCGAGGUCAUGGGGGGCAAAGUCAGUAGAAAAAUGGCGGCUGUUGGGCGGGUGGUACAGGUACGCUUGUCUAACUGGGCAAUUUAUCGCUCUGCAACAACACUUGUCACUCAAGCUGUGAAACCUCAUGCUCCACUAAUCAAGUUUCCCAACAGAGAGGGGGUCCCCAGGCCGAAUGUCCAAGAGGCUCUUAAAACAUUAGCAGUCAGCUCUCCUAGUUCACCUCCAGUUGUAGCGCCGCUGCCGUUAUCAAGACCCCCUGGACCUCUCACUCGACUCCCUGGAACCCCAGACAGCUUGGCCACAGUGAAGGAACUCCCCCAAAGAUACCGCAGGAGGGCACUGGAAGCAGAAGAGAUGGACUAUAUUCAGCGUGGUGGACCAGAGUGAUGUUGAGUGACUCAGUGAAUGCAACCAAAGUCCUUAUCUGUGGAAAUCAGUUUGUCUUUGCCUAAUUUUGUACCUCAACAAGAGAGGACCUGCUGCCACAUAUCAGAUGUCAUGCAGAAUAAAGAUACUAUAAUUCAUGUUGAAAUUGUACAUAUUAAGUUUAUUUUUAAAGAUGUGAUUGUGUAGAUAUUUUUUGCUUCAUUGUAACUUAAUGUCAAGGGACAUUUAUUUAAUUGUUUGCGCUUAGAAAAAGCCACUACAGUAAAUCUUCCAAUUAUAUCAUUAUUUAUUUGUUCAGCACCCACCUCAUUCAGUGCUCACUAUUUUAGACCUUCACUUAAUUCAAACCUUGAAAGUUGAUGUUAAUGUUGGCAUCAACUGUACAUCAGUGUACCAUUGACCAGACAGUUCUCCCAUCACUACACUACAUUGUUGUCGAUAGUUGCACAUUUCUAUGAAACAAGGACCAGACUGAAUUACGCCACAACACUGAAGAAAAUGAAGGGCUCUUUCUCAUGGCCCCUCAGUGCAAAAACAUGGAUUAAUCUGGUGCAAGUCUGUUGGGUACAGAGAAAGUAGGAUACACAAUGGAAGUGAAUGGAUUUUUUGAUAUUGGACAUGAAUGAUUAAAAUGGUUACUAUGA